AUGACCCCGAACGCCAGUCUCGCACUUGAAAGAUUACGUGAAAGAAACUAUCAGCUUGAGGAUGAACUUCCAAAACUCAGAAGCUUAGCAAGGUUUCAGAUGGAGGGCGAUCGUACCCAAGACAUCGAAGUCACGGGACAGAAGCACUCAGAAACGACCACGGAAACUCUUGAGAACGAGAUCAAAACCCUUCGAGCCGCUAGUGGUAAGAGCGCGCAAUACAUUCACGUCAUAGAAUAUUUUGGUAACAAGACUCGGGAUGUUUUAGAUCAACACGUUAGAGAAAAGGAAGACCUCCGGUAUCAACUUUCGAUUCUAAAUAAUCAGCACCAUGGUGCGACAGAAUUAUCAAAAAGCAUGGCUGAAGGAAAUAUACGUCGACAACGUGAUGAAAUGCGCGAGAUGAAGGAACUUAAGGGGAUGGUUGUACUGCAAAAGGAAGAGAUUAGGAUAUUGAGGGAACAGUUCGAGACCAAAGCUACUCAGCUUAAAGCUGCUCGCAAAGAAUUAUCUAAGGCUAUCACGGAGAGAAAGUUAUUCCAGAAGGAUUUUGAGAGGGAGAAAAAGAAGAUUGAGAAAGAAAAAAAGAAAGUGCACAAGUUAAGAAAUCGGGUCCAUGAUCUUGAAAAUUCGAAGGCAUCUAAGUGGUAA